GCGUGGUUGUUUACCCACAGAGCUAGGAAGGAGGAAUCAUCGAAGGAAGAACUUCAAAAUGACGGACUCAAAGUCUCUCACAAGACAAGCCGGGAAGAUAGUGUGCCUGUGUAUAGCCUGGUACGCCUUCAGCAGUGCCAACAAUGUCCUGGGGAAGCAGAUCUUCAACGUGUUCCCCUACCCGAUGACUGUGUGUAUGGUGCAGUUGCUCACACUGAAUGCAUUCCUGGGACCAGCCCUGGCUGUACUGGACGUACAACCUGCCCCCCACUUCAAUAGGAGGUUCUAUCUAAGGAGAAUGGUUCCUCUGGCGCUAGGGAAACUGUUUGCGACAUUGUCGGCACAUCUCAGUAUACUCAAGGUGCCCGUCUCUUAUGCACACACAGUCAAGGCGAUGCUCCCUUUCUUCACAGUGCUGCUCUCUGUGGUGAUCAUGAGGGAACACUACUCCAUGAAGGUGUACCUCUCACUGGUGCCGAUAAUAUCAGGUGUGCUCAUAGCCACAGCAACCGAGCUGAGUUUUGACCUGGUGGGCAUGGUGGCUGCUCUCAGUGCAACCAUCCUCACAGCACUACUGAACAUAUACUCCAAAAAGUGCAUGCGUGACACUCGUAUCCACCACUUGAGGCUGCUGCUAGUGCUGAGUCAGCUCUGUUGUGUAUUCCUGUUCCCAGUGUGGCUGUACACGGAUGUCUGGGACAUCAUCAUCACCCUACACAAGGUGAGGCAUCUUGGCUGGCUCGUGUUUGCUCUCCCAGUGGACGGUGUGCUCAUGUUUGGCCAGAAUAUCAUAGCCUUCAGUAUGAUCUCAGCUGUUACACCAGUUUCUUACUCAGUAGCCAACGCCACAAAGAGGAUUGUCGUCAUCUCUGUCUCUCUGCUACUCCUGAAGAACCCUGUAACGAUUUGGAACGUCUGUGGAAUGAUGACGGCCAUCGCUGGAGUGGCCCUCUAUAAUAUGGUCAAGAUCACCAGUAUGAAUGAGAGUCCACCUGUGUUACCGGUGACUACCAAAGACAACGACCCCCUCCACCUCUCUGACAUGCACGCUGGAUCGGAGGCAUACCACAUAGACAUUGACGCUAGUUACAGGUCUAGCCCCAUGAAGAUCAUUUGAAGUCUAUAUUAUAUCAUCAUUAAUUUUUAAGCUCAAAUCACAGCAUGCUCCAAAUUUUUUCAUGGUAUUUAUUAUCCAAUUCAACUUACAAAGCAGUAUAUAAUUAUAUAGAUAUGAACAAA